UGUAGUCGUGUACUGUCGUGUAUCCAGUGGAUCCAGUGCUGUGGUGUUUUGAGAAUAAGAAAUUUCACUGUCCGCUAAUAGCUUAGGACAAAUAAUGUCACUGUAUUGGCGAUGAAAAUCUAUAACUUUUAAUAAACUGUUAUUAAUUUUAUCUUAAAUUUAAGAUAAUAUUAUUUUUUGAUUUAUAAUAUGGAAGCUGAUUAUCAACCAUCAUUAAGUCCAGCUAGAGCUUUGACAGGAAAUGACACGGAAGAUCCAUAUCCAAGUUUAUCUGAUUACCAUGACUAUGAACCAAAUCUAGAGUUUGAUGAUACUGAACUUCAAACAACGACCACUAAUGUAUCACAACUAUUGGAAGAAAAACUUGAUCUUAGUACGGCUGGAUCAGGAAUUGUUGAUUAUUUAGAGAGUCCUGUAAGUGAUGGAACCAUAGAAGAAAAUUUUGAAGAAGCUUUGGUUGAUGCUCCAGUAAUUAAAAAUGCUGAGGAUCUUGCAGCACUUGAAGGUGAACUUGCUGAUGAAGAAGAUUACAAUGAUAUCGCACGUCUUGGCAUUGUUGAAGUAGUUGGUGAUGAUAGCGCUGGACGUAAAGUUAUUGUUGUAUCAGCUUGUAAACUUCCUACCGUUGGAAAAGAAGUAUUUAAUCAUGCCAAACUUCUACGAUAUUUAACACAUACUUUGGAUACUUUUGUAGAACAAGAUUACAGUUUAGUAUAUUUUCACUAUGGUCUUACGUCGAAAAAUAAACCACCAUUGACAUGGUUAUGGCAAGCUUACAAGGCAUUUGAUAGAAAAUAUAAAAAGAACUUGAAAGCAUUGUAUUUAGUACAUCCUACAAAUUUUAUUCGAAUAGUUUGGCAAAUUUUUAAACCAGCUAUUAGCGCAAAGUUUGGUAGAAAAAUGAUGUAUGUAAAUUAUUUGGAUGAAUUAGCUCAACAUAUUAAUCUUGAUCAAUUAAUAAUCCCUCAACAAGUAAUAGAUCAUGAUGAACAAUUGAUGCUUAAAACGAGAAAACAUUUACCAACAAGCCCGCCUCCAAGUUCUGUGGCAACUCCAAUUGCAACGACACAGUUUGGAGCAAGCCUUCAAUUUAUAAAAGAAAAUAAUGGAGGAGAUCCGAUUCCGCCGAUUGUCAAACAAUGCGUUGAAUUUCUUGAUACCCCAGACGCAUUGGAAACUGAAGGAAUAUUUAGAAGAUCAGCGAAUGUUGCAGUAGUUAAAGAACUUCAAAGUCGAUGUAAUCAUGGACUACCGGUUGACUUUCAUGGAGAUCCUCAUAUUGCUGCUGUUCUUUUAAAAACAUUUCUUCGUGAGUUAGAUGAACCUCUUAUGACUUAUGAGCUCUACGAUGAGAUUACGCAAUUUCAGACUUUAUCAAAGGAUGAACGACCACGAAAAGUUAAAAUUUUAGUUUUAGAAAAAUUACCUGAAGAUAAUUAUCAACUUCUCAAAUAUAUAGUACAGUUUUUAUCGAGGGUAAUGGAUAGAUGUGAUUUAAAUAAAAUGACGUCAAGUAAUUUAGCUGUAGUUUUCGGGCCAAAUUUAGUUCGAGCUCCGUCUUCUGUCAGCAUGUCACUUUCAGCGAUAGGACCAAUAAAUCAGUUUAUAGACUUUCUAUUUGCUUAUCAAGACAAAAUAUUUAUUAUUUAAAAAUAAUUAAAUUUUAACUUUUUUUUUUUAAUGGCCUAACUGAGAAUACUUGGUUAAAAAAAAAUUCGAUGCAAUUUAAUAGACUGAUCAAAUUGAUUUGUGGUACGAUAAAAGUUGCAUCAGACCCGAUUGUUUAGUCAGUAUUUACGGCUACAAAAAUAAUCGCCUGUUAACGUAUCGCGUUACUAAUUCCAAAAGGUUUUACAUUUUUUACAUUCUUUUGAGUUCAGGUUUCCUCCUUGAGCCAAAAGGGUGUAUAAUUUAUAUUUUACUACAAAUCGUUUUGGCGGGAUUUUAAAGUUCCAAAUUUUUUAAAAAUUUGGAAGUCAAGGGAGCAUAUUUGUCAUGCGCUUUUGGGCUUUUAAAUUUAUUUUUUCUAAUUUUAAGCUCUAAAGUAAGUCUACCAGACGAUUGCUAAUGAAAAAAAAAUCAUACGACCUUUUAGAAUUAGUAACGCGAUAUAUUGUAAUAAAAAAAGACAAAAUUCUCAAUACUAAAAUUUUUUAAUCAAGAAAAUUUUGAUAUAUUAUCUUAUAAAUAUUUUUAUUUUCUUUUCUAUCAAAAUUAUCAACAUAGAUUUUUUCUCUUUAUAAAAUAAAAGAUAUAAUUAUCAACCUAGUCACGAGAAAAUGCACAAUUUUUAUUGAAAGUACAUUUUAAAUUAAAAAGAUCAAUUUUAAAUUUGUCAAUAUAUAUAUAUAAAUAUAUAUACUGAAUUUCUGAUCGUAUACCAAAGAUUUAUAUUGUGUAAAUUAAAAAAAAAAAUGUUAUUGAUGCUAAGAGUAACGAAUAAUUUGAAAAAUAGAGUCAAAUUUUUUAUUUUUUGUAUAAUUUUAUUAGUAAAAAACAAAUGCCUUAAAAAGCAAUUUAAAUGAGGUUUAUAAUUACUGAUUUUUGUAAAAGUAUCUCAAGUCCAUCACAAAUUCAAUGAAAAAAAAAUAAUUACCAUAGAAAAAUUGUACCUUACAUUCCAUUCCAUCAAUAUAAUAAAGAAAUCAUUUGCUGCAAUUGAUACCGGCCAUCAAAAAAAAAAAAAAAAAAAAAAAAAAA